AUGUUCGAUGGUCGGAACUCAUCCUUCUCUUCUCGCGGAGACGGCAGGCAUACCCCAGAGCACGAGCUUGCCGUACGUGGAACGAAUGCUUCAUCAUCGGACCAGGGGACUCGUAGGGGCAAGAAGAAUAGGGCAUCAGACAUUAAAGUGAUGAAGGAAAGAUUCGCAAAACUACUGCUUGGAGAGGACAUGUCAGGCGGUAAGGAAGGGGUGACCUCUGCGUUAGCUUUGUCAAAUGCCAUCACCAACCUCGCUGGUUCGAUGUUUGGGGAUCAGAUGAAACUGCAGCCUAUGUAUCCGGAGACAAAGGAGAUUUGGAGGAAAGAAAUGGAUUGGUUAUUAUCUGUAAUUGAUCACAUUGUCCAGUUUGUUCCAUCUAAACAAAUGGGAAAAAAUGGCGCAAUCACUGAGAUCAUGGUGACAAAACAAAGAGAUGAUUUGCUGAUACACAUUCCAGCCUUACGCAAGCUUGACUCGGUUCUUCUCGAGACUUUGGACAACUUCAAGGACCAGAAAGACUUUUGGUAUGUCCCAAGAGACGUUGAGGAUACAGAGAGCAAUGGUGGUGACUGGAGGAGGGAUGAGAGCUGGUGGUUACCGGUUGUUAAGGUUCCAUCAGAUGGUUUGUCUGAGGAAUCACGUAGACUGUUGCAUACUCAGAAAGAUUCUGUGGCACAAGUCCUUAAAGCCGCCACAGCUAUCAAUGCUCUAAUACUGUCUGAAAUGCACAUUCCUGACAUUUACAUUGACUCUCUUCCAAAGAAUGGGAAGACAAGCCUUGGUGAUUUCCUUUACAAGAGCAUAACGGAGGAAUACUUUGAUCCUGACUACUUCCUUUCUUGCUUGGACUUAUCAACGGAACACAAAGUUCUUGACCUAAAGAACAGGAUUGAAGCUUCCAUGGUGAUCUGGAAAAGGAAGAUGAACCAGAAAGAGAAGGACGGUAAAUCGCAGUGGGGAUCCUCUGUUAGCUUAGAGAAGAGAGAGCUUUUCGAGGUCCGAGCUGAGACCAUUCUGGUUAUGCUCAAACAACAGUUCCCUGGUAUCCCACAAUCCUCACUUGAAGUCUCCAAGAUCAAAAACAACAAGGACGUGGGACAGGCGAUACUGGAGAGCUAUUCAAGGGUGUUAGAAAGCUUGGCGUGGAAGAUAAUGUCAAGAGUAGAGGAUGUUCUUGAAGCUGACCAGCUAGCUCAAAGACAACUUGUGGGAGAGGCAGAGGGAAGAUCAGAGAGCGAGGCGGAAUCAGAAUAUGAAGAAACAGAGAAGGUGGUUGGAGCGGAAACGCCGAACUCGAGGAAACUAUCAGACUUCAUUGGAUGGAGAUUGUCAUCAGAUACAAAGAAGCAUAGUUCGAUGGGUGAUAUAGAAUUCUUCCACAGAGCUGAGCAGGAGAAGCCAACGAUGAUGAUGAAGUCUCCAAGAGCUAUACCCAAGAAACUUUCGUAUCUAGCAAAGUUAGAGAACAUGAGAAGCCCAAGUGAGAGACACUGA